ACAGUGCUGUGAUAAAUGGAUUAAUAAAAAAAACCAAAAAGCUUAAAAUAAUUGAAAAUAGUGAAUAAAGAAAUCUGACUUAUCAAUAAUCUGUAUGCAAUCAGAUUCGCGGUCGAUUUUAAUUUGAGAUUCGAAUUCAUUGUGAAUCUGAGCAGAUGGUGUUACAGGGUUACAGUACGGGAACAGCUGCGACUAGCUCUAUCCACAAAAUUUAAAACAAAUCCCAAGUCAAAUUAAAUACAUCGAGAUGGAUUCCCAACAUGAAGAUACUUUGGGCCACAACGAGGAGGAGCAGUGGUCAAUUGAGGAUGAUACGCUAUUCCAAUCCAGAGGAUUGAUCAGUGUCAGUGCGGCGUCUUCCUGCAAGUCUGUGUUUAUUACAUGGAACGAAUUCUAUUUACUAAAUUUUCGUUUCAAGAAACCGAAAGGUACGAACAAGAUGAAAAUGAGCAGAGUUCGAAUUCCACUGCCCACCAGCAAAGGAAAUCAUCUCCGCAGCAUACACACCCUGAAAUAUAAUACAAUAUUGCUAAUGUCGGACGGCCAGAUAUAUUGCUUUGGGUCGAUCAAAGCCUUGCAUUCUGUUAGCUGGUUAGGUGGAGUGAGGUGCUUCGCCCCAACAGAUCAGGGGUUCAGUGUGAUUCGUGAGAGAGAGCAGCGCCUGCUGCUAGAGAUUUACCUGGAUCUUCCUGGCUUGGAGAAGGGCGAAAGUACUCUGCAGCACACUUUCGAUAUAACCUACGAUGAACAGAAUAUAUUCCAGUGCGACUGGAAAAACGACGAAUACACCUUGACUACAUUUAAAGUCUCUGAUGAGGAGGAACAACAUUUAAUGCAGCGCCUGUUUGGAGGCAACGUGGUCAAGCAGCAGUAUGUACAUAUUUUCAGCAUAGCUGGACAUAUAUUUGCCUUGGUUUCCGAUGCAGAGGCUGAGGCUGAGCCACGCCCAGAAAAGCCGGAGCAAGCCUACCACAUUGAACUACUUUGUGUCUAUGCUGCCUCUAUUCACUUUGUACGUUUUCUGCCUCGCCAGAAUCUCUGUUUGGUCAUUCUUAGCAGCGGCAGCGUGGACAUAUGGUACGUGUCUAAACUGUUGGGCAAUAAGCAGCGCCAAAUGCAUCACACAGGCUCGGAAUGGUUGGACUAUGACUUUGAUGCCACCAGUAAGAACGGGGACUUAUACUACACCAAUGGAGAGCAGAUAGUGCGGCUGAGAGUUGCAUAUAGCGCCCAGCUUGACGAGUGUCUUGUUCAGAGCGUGGCAAAGUCUGUUCCGGGCAUACAGGCCUGCACUUGGGUAAACAACAGCGACAAAUUGGUUUGUCUCAGUGACAACAACAUGUUCUACCGCAUUGACUUUGGUUCAGGCGAGGAGGAAGCACCCAAGCAUACUUCUUCAUUGAUGAGUGAUUUUACGCCUGCUACAAUACAGCGCCUGCGAGAAAAGACCCAGAAGUUGGAUAAAUAUGAAAGGCAACCAGUCCUCCUGCAGUUGGCCAUACAGAGAGAGUAUCAAAAACAGCAACUGGUGGCGGUGGGCAGAAAUAGCAAAUGGAUUGCCGGAAGCUGUAAGGCGUCCCUAGAGUUUCAUCGGCAGAUACCUCUCUGUCGAGACGCUGUUAUGCUCCUGCAACCAGCCCAGAUGGAACUUCACAGUACUUGCGUUUAUGCCAUUUUCAAAUUAAGUUUAGCCAGCUGUGAGCAGCUAAUGCAUAGCACCCACUGGCAACUAUUGAUGUUGACUGAUGACCAUCAGGCCCAUGUUCAUGUAUUGCCAGCAGAACUACUUUUAAAUAGAAGGUGCAAUUUGGUAGUUUCGUUUAGAAAACAAAGAAACGAACGUCUGCCUGAGUUCACUCUGAAAUUGUUUUCUUUUAUUGAUUUGAAUGGUCAACUAAGUGCUGUGCUCCUUCCCAUUGAGGUAAAAGAAAGUCCGUACACCUACAGCGCCCUUUUUGGCGGAAGUGUGACGGCCGUAAACCUACGGUCAGAUAAUGAUCUACCGAUUUACAAUAAAAAGACGAGUCUAACGAUCUGCGAAAAGAUUCGAGUACCUAAUGAUUUUACACUGGCGCAAAUGGCAAAUCUGUUCAAUGCCGCUGGUAAUUUUAAGGAGACUCUUUUGGAAAUAUUUUUCAUAGAUAUCAAGCUACGCCUACAGAGGAAUACAGAUGAUGAUGGAGAGGAACAUCAUUUAUCUCUAACACUUCAAAGUGACGAUCCCUCUGCCAUUUACUAUUUCAAGCAUCAUCUUAUCUUAAAUAUGGAUCCCUUGGAUUCUGAUAGAAAUUCUACAGUAUUAAAUAAAGUUAUGAAAUUACAAUGCGAAAGUGAACGGUUAUAUGGUACGCAAGGUGCAGAUGGAUCGGACUGUGGAACUAACAUUCGAUUGCGACUGGGAUCGCAAUAUACUGCCAUUAGAAAUACAAUUUUUUAAUAAUUUCAAAAUCAGCAUGUUUAAAUAUAAAUCUAUUUCGCCCCAAUAUAGAGUGACCUUUACAAAUCGCAAACAUUUUCUGAGCUGCCAGUUAUUUAUAAAUUAUAAAUAAAUAAAUUAUAAAUUUAGCUGAUCCGAGUACUGGGGAUUC